AUGUGGGGUGAUGCACGUGACUCGACAUCCGUGGGUUCCGCUGCAUCGGUGCGAGGGCGUCGCGACGUGCAGUGCUGUGCGGACCUUGCUUGGUGCCAUCGAGACUGUAGCGACGCUAUGGGAUUUUUUUCGUCGUUCCAAAGUGCAUCCAAAGCGCCUGGUGAAUCCAUCGAUACUGUCGAGGUUGGCCGCACGCUCCUAAACAAGCUUGAGGAAGCCAAGCCCGACCUGGCAGCGCCAGCGCCGGAAGCCUCUCGGCAGAGCGUGCUCGAUGAGAAUGUUCAGAAGAAGCUUAAAGAGGAGCUAGCUGAACUGCGGAAGCAGGAGAAGGAUGUACAGAAGCAGAUCGCCUUGGCUCUUGAGAAGGAGAAUCUGGAGCGCGAGUCGUCCUCGUGGCUCUCCAAAGACAAGGGACAAAGUAGCCAACUGCUACAGCAAGAGCUGGACCGUGUCAAGACACAGAUCGAAAAGUACAACCGGCGCGACAUGGCGUCGUUCCCCGAAGUGGUCAAGGCGCGCCAGGCUGUGGUACAAUGCUACCGUGACCAUGCUGGUCGGACAUUGGACUGCUGGAAAGAAGUCGAGCAGUUCAAGAAUGCGUUUGCUGAGGCUGAGAAGGAACUUAUGGCUGCAUGGAAGUAA